AGCCUUUAAGCCAAGGUGCUCUACGAAAUGAAACAGACGACGAAUCCCUUGCAUUGAAACAGACAGCCGCAUGUGUCUUCCCUUUAAAAGGGUAUAUAAAUAUCGAGCUCCUCGAAAUACGUAGCUAGUCGCGCAAAUUAUCUACACACGUACAAACAUGUGUUUUUACACAUGUAUGUACAUUUUUUAAAAUUUUUUUCAUAAUUGCAGUUCCUUCUAUAAAAUUAGCUGCAGUUGGCUUUUGUCGUUGUCAGAUAAAUGUCAGUGCUUAGCCGGGAAACUCGAAAUAUAUCAGUCGCUAGGUUGUACACGGUCUUGAAUGUCACACCGUUCGUUGUUCCUCGUUGCUUGGCUUUAUUAAUUUGAGAGUAGUCACAAAGAAUCGGACCAACCAUGUAUCCAGUAUCCUAUAGACCUGGCUACAAGUCGUCAUGCAGCUAUAGAUCAUGCCAUCAUGCCAUGCGUAUAGCGAGAUCCUCGAUUUGUUAUCAACGUCAGCACUUUUAUGCCGCCUCCAGUUAUGCUGGCAAAAGAUCGCGAUUCCUUGUCAAACGUCGAAUUAUGUUUCCAUCAUUGCCCUGCAAUCCGGUGAGUGCACCAUCUGAUAUCAACAUGAAUGGAUAUAACCGGAAAGCACCGCAAAAACGGCGUUAUGAGAUGCCAAAAUAUGCUGUGUCACCAAAGAAGAAAACCUGCAAGGAGCGCAUUCCGCAGCCGAAAAACACGGUGGCAAUGCUGAAUGAGUUAAGACAUGGACUGAUUUACAAAUUGGAGUCACAGACUGGUCCGGUGCACGCACCUUUAUUUACGAUAUCCGUUGAGGUUGAUGGACAAAAAUACUUGGGCCAGGGUCGCAGCAAAAAAGUUGCACGUAUCGAGGCAGCAGCCACAGCUCUGCGCAGCUUUAUCCAAUUCAAGGACGGAGCUGUUUUGUCGCCAUUGAAGCCAUCGGGCAACUUGGACUUUACCAGCGAUGAACAUCUAGAAAAUGAUGUCAGCAAGAGUGCUAUUACUGUUGAUGGUCAAAAGAAGGUUCCAGAUAAAGGUCCCGUGAUGUUGCUCUACGAAUUAUUUAAUGACGUUAAUUUCGAAUGCAUUAAUAUCGACGGUGCUCAGAACAAUUGUCGCUUCAAAAUGACGGUUACAAUUAACGAGAAAAAGUUUGACGGAACAGGUCCUUCCAAAAAGUUGGCGAAGAAUGCGGCAGCAAAGGCUGCGCUCGCAUCGUUGUGUAACAUUUCCUACAGUCCAAUGGUGGUUCCACAAAAGAACGUACCCCUUCCAAUCGACGACAAGUCGUCGUCCAUGGAGCUGCCGCAGAUACAUGCAGACACAAUUGGACGACUUGUUUUGGAGAAAUUCAUGGAAGUAAUCAAAGGUCAAGAGGCUUACUCGCGUCGAAAGGUAUUAGCGGGAAUUGUUAUGACUGAAAACAUGAAUUUUUGUGAAGCCAAAGUUAUUUCAGUUUCAACGGGCACAAAGUGUGUCAGCGGCGAGCACAUGAGCGUGAAUGGAGCUGUCUUAAACGAUUCUCACGCUGAAAUAGUCUCUAGGCGUUGUCUUCUCAAGUUCUUGUAUGCACAGCUGGAUCUGCAGUGCAAUCAGGCCACAGCAUAUCAGUCGAUUUUCGUGAGGAAUACUGAUGGGCAAUACCCUUAUAAACUAAAAUCCGGGGUACAUUUCCAUUUGUAUAUAAAUACAGCACCUUGUGGGGAUGCACGGAUAUUUAGUCCUCACGAAAACGACACUGGUGUUGAUAAACAUCCAAAUAGAAAAGCUCGCGGCCAAUUGCGUACCAAAAUCGAGUCCGGUGAAGGGACAAUUCCAGUGAAAAGCAGUGAUGGCAUACAAACGUGGGAUGGCGUACUGCAGGGCCAACGCCUGCUUACAAUGUCGUGCUCGGACAAAAUUGCCCGUUGGAACAUCGUGGGUAUACAAGGCUCCCUAUUGUCUUCCAUAAUUGAACCAGUGUACCUGCAUUCGAUUGUGCUGGGCAGCUUGUUGCACCCAGAGCACAUGUACCGCGCGGUGUGCGGCCGAAUCGAGAAGUCCAUUCAAGGUCUGCCACCCCCCUACCAUUUGAAUAAGCCGCGCCUCGCCUUGGUCACCUCGGCCGAACCGCGAAACCAGGCCAAGGCUCCAAACUUUGGUAUUAAUUGGACCAUUGGAGAUACCGAGCUGGAGGUGGUGAACUCGCUCACUGGUCGAACCAUUGGUGGUCAAGUGUCGCGCAUCACGAAGCAAGCGUUUUUUGUAAAAUAUGGAUUCUUAAUGACAAACCUACCAGGUAUUUCAGUCCGCAAAGUAACCACAGACUAUGGACAAACCAAAGCUAACGUAAAGGACUAUCAGACGGCAAAGCUAGAGUUGUUUUCUGCAUUCAAGCGAGAAGACCUUGGUAGCUGGCUGAAGAAACCCAUUGAACAAGACGAGUUCGGUCUUGCCGAAUGACUGCACUCAGCGCUAUUAUAUAAUUUAAUAAAAGACAACAGUAACGGCAAGCAAUUAAUAGAAUUAGAUGAUAUAGAUUUUAUGACAAGUUCUUAUGUAGAAUGCAAAUUAAGUUGGGUGCAAAAACAUCGAUAUGAAGUUCAUAUUCAUAUGAUUGAGAACCUGCCAACCUUGCGUACCCAUUGCAACAGCAAGCACAAAGAUGCUUAUGCUCGAAAUAUGAAAAACGGCUCUAGAAUAUUUAUAGAAUAGAAUGUAGUUUUUAUGCUGGAACUGAGUAAAGGAGUAUUAUGGCGUUUUUUUUUGAAUCAAUUAAUUUUUAAAUUGGCUAAAGCAAUUUUUUUCUCGUCUAAGUUUACCACUCGUUUUGUUAUUUGACUUAAGAUAAAAAGAUAUCGCCUCAACCACAAUGUUCUAAUUUUCAAGUGAGUUGGGUUGUUUAAGUUUUCUCUGUGUCCAUGUUUAAGAAAAAUAUGGGGAAAAAUAUUGUUACAAGACAGUUAAUAACAAGAAAGGAAGUCAACUUCGGCAGGCCGAAGUUUAUAUACCCUUGCAGUUUUAAACAACGAAAAACGCUAUAGUCGGGUGCCUCGACUAUCAGAUACCCGUUACUCAGCUUGAGGGAGCAAAAUGAAAAUGGAGAUAGAUAAACAGCAAAGGAAUUUUGUAAAGCGCCAUCUACCGGAUAUUUCGGUAUAUGUUAUGUUUUGGGAGCGUUAUAGCGGGCGGGGCAAACAUUUUUUUUAGAUCAUUCGAAAGGUUUUAAUGAAACAAAUACAUUUGAUUGGGCGUGGUACCCCGCCAAUACAAACUUGCGCUGCGUAGGAAGCCCAGAAAUCUGCAUCCCCAGUCUGAGUAUUCUAGCUUUUAUAGUUUUUGAGAUCUCAGCGUUUAUACGGACGGACGGAGAGACUGACGGACAUGGCUAGAUCGACUGGGCUAUAUUUAUACUUUAUGGGCUUGGAGAAGUUUCCUUUUACCUGUUGCAUACUUUCUGGCGAAUCUAGUAUACCCUUUUAAUCUACGAGUAACGGGUAAAAAAUAGUCAAUGCUAGAAGAAUUUGGAAACAUUAAAAAAAAGUAUAUCCCAGCGGACAAAAAAAAAUGAUCAACAUCAACGAAGCUCUAACAUUGUUCCUAAUUAUUAUAAUUAAUUUUCCUUUCAAUUUACUUUGUCAUAUUUUGAUAAAGUAUUCUAAGUUGAUCAAAAUUAACUCAAAAUUCCAAAACAUUAUAAAAAAAUUUAUUAUUUUGGAAGCUUUCCUUUUGUCAGUCCGUCUUUCCUGCAAAGGAAUCACAACAAGUUCUACCAUCUGCAAGGGUAUAAAUACAAAAAACGAACAAGUAAAAUCUAUAAAUAACAAUAGCCCAAACAGAAAUCUAGAAUUGGUUCUGUUAUCGAUUAAGCAAUGUAUUUUGUUAAGUAAUGUUAUUUGCAACGACAUAAUAAUUAUAAUAAACUCACGCUUAAUAUAAGCAUAACGUAAACUUUAGGCGAACCCUUAUUAUUUCCAAGUAUUUUUCUUCAGAUCGUAUAUACACCUAAGCUUUCAUCGACUUUCAAUGAAUAAAACUGUGUUCUUGGUUGAAAAACUUUAAAUACAAAACGUUUUAUCAAUUAUGUAGAUUUUUUUAAAUUACAAUAUUAGUUUAAAUAAAUAACAUGCAAAUAAAAAACGGUUAUAAAUAGAUUAGCUACAAAUUUAAUAGCAUGAUAAAGACACUUUAACUACCUAAGUCUAAUAAUGAAGCUUGUAAUGCCAUUUUCUAUAAUGUGAACAUGCAUUGUAUUAGUUGUGGUCAUUUGUACAUCAUAAUGAUUUCUCUAUUUCUAACUUCUUCCUGAUUUCUUCCAGUUGUCUUAUUUCUGGUUGUUCGUUCAAUUAAAAAUGGCAGUUGUAAAUGGCCAACAAACAUGCUAAAUUGCUCUUCCCUCGUGACCUGAAGUUUUCGAAUUCAAUAUGAGUCGAUUUGGCUUUUCUUUUGAAUUGUACAUGGAAAUGGUUCGAUUUAUAAAGGACCUUCUAAAAUUCACUCAUGUAAAAUAAGUAUUACGUCGAAGUUGCAUAAAUCACGAAAAAGAAAAGGACUGCAAGCGUUAGAGAAGAACAGCUUAUUUCGUGGACCCAGUUGUAAUCUUACUGAAUCGACUUAGCACCAAAAAAGUUUACGAUUUUCUUUUUUAUUAGCAUAAAAUAGCUUAUUUAGUGCAGCAACUUAAAGCAUUACUUUUUAAUUUAAUUUAUUUUAAAACUUAGUUAAUUUUUUUCCCAUUUUUCGUGAAUUUGGCUAUCUCUUCUAUGCUAAAUUGUUGAAUAACAAAGACUAAAAAUGUAGUUAACGUUAAUACGAAUUAGAAUAGAACAUUUUUUUUAUUUUAUUUCCUAAUUUAUUUUGUUUAUUUUGUCGAAUAUUUCCUGUUUGUUGAAAUUCCUCUUUGCAACCAAUCUAUGUGGUUGUGACCUUCAUUGAAAAUGUAAUCUGAAACUUGCCAUUUGUUUUAAUAUUUACAAAUAUAUUUUUCUCAAGGGCUGAUUAGGAUUAAUUUUCUCUAAUUUCUGCACAAAAUAAGCUCUGCCAAUUUAAAAGCAAGAUUAGCACAUACGAAUAUAAAACUAAAAGCACAGGGCCUUACACAUUGAAAUGCAUAAUCUUAGUUAACGUUGUCUAUUAUUUCCAAUAUCAUUAGUAUUUUUAAGUUUUGUCGAUAAGAAAAAAAUUCUAAAUUAUGUUUCCUUAUAGUUUUUUUUUCGCCGUUAUCGUAAAAGGAAAACAGAACUUGUGAGAUUUUCUCCAUUACUUGAUUAGAUAAUAAUGUAUACCGUUCUAAUCUGACGAUAUAAUUGACCUAAGUAAUAUUUGCAAAAAAUACCGCAUAUGAUGGAUAAACAAAAGUUGAUCUUAUAUAAAAUACUGUGAUACUAAAUUUUACUAGUACUUCCAGCAUAGCUGCAUUUUAUCCAUUCUUAAAUAUUCUAUGAUAAGCAGCAGCAGAUAAUAAUCAAUGACUAUAUAGGAAAACAAAAAUUUUUAAUGACAUGCUCAAUGCUUGUCUCCAUUAGAUUUUCAAAUAAGAAAUUUUACAAUAUAUAUUAAUACGUAUGACAAGGUGGGUAAAACAUUGGGAUUCCUCAGAUAUCAUUUUUAAUUGCUAUGCGAAACAAUAGGCUCUAUGAUGCAAGCAUAAAUAGAUUAAUUUCAGUCAACUAACUAUAAUUGCUAUAAAAGAACAAAGUACAGAAAACCUGAGAACAAAAAUAUACUGGAAAAUAUUUUAAACUGAAAUCAUAAAUAUGUAGGUUAGAUGGUCGGUAUAUUCAAGACCCAGCUAAUAAAAGUCUAUACUUAUUGAAAUACUUGAUUAAGAAAAAAGCUAUGAGAAUUUUUUUUUGAAUUAUUUUGGGGAAGAUAAAUAUUUACAACUAAUCAUUAAACGAGUAAUCUACUCUUGUUAUGGAAUGGCUUAGAUCUAGAUUCUUCACAUACUAAGUUAUAUGCCUAACGAUUCGUAUACACAUUGUUUCAAAAUAUAUGAUUGAAAACUGUUUGCGACAAGGAAAAAGAAAUAUCACAGUUUUAAGUGUAUAUUGUUCUUGCCAGCUUGACUUACAAUUUAAUGAAUUAGAAGUAUACAAAGCAAAAGGUUGCUCAAGGUGCAAAACUUUUGGAAAGUAUUUCUCUUUCUUCCGGGCAAAAAUGUAGUCCUGCAAACAUUCAUAAUUAGAUGCUUAUAAAAACACCGGGCUGUAUUGUAACCCGUUAAAACAGUGAUAAGAAGAUGCGUUAAGACCCGUACCACUAUGAUGUCGUAGACCAAAGCGGGGAGAGGAAAUGUUAUCAGAAUCAUACAGCAGGAUGAUAAACUUAUUAACCAAGUACCACAUACUACUGUAUGUCAGCAAUUCAAAGAGUAGCAAAAGGAUUAGUCGCAUAGGACAAUUACGCCGUUUGCAAAGUAUGAAUAUUUAAGACACCUUAUGUCAAACUUGGGUUAACUUAUAUUCUCUAGAGUCUAAACAUGGGCAACAUCGAAGGUGAACACUUACUUUUAAUUUGUAGUUUUUAAAUGUUGAAAGACUAUAACCAAUGAAUUAUCUAAGACACAACUGGCACAACUUAGUGCCGACCAGAGAAUGGAUGCACAUAAUGAAAAACAAGAUCUUCUUUCAUUUAUGUUAAAACAAUUCACGGCAUCUCCAAGUACUAUCUCUGAGAUCAUAGUACAUGUACUUACUCAUUAUUAACUUAUUAUUCUGACUACAAACGAUAUAAAAGACAAAAAAUGUAAUACUUAAAUAUACAGAACACACUUGAAAUACAUAACUAGGUUUACACGUACAGAAAUACACUUGAACUUUGCUUAUCCAUAUUUCAUCAAGGCAGUUUCCAUAACAAAUCAAUGAAAUAUCAAAGGAAUAAACAAUAUAAUCGAAAAAUGAAAAGUCAUUUAAAAUUGACUUUGAUUUGUGCGCAAAGCUAACAUUUCUUUUAUUGAAUCCUUUUUGAUUCCACCGAAGUUUUUAAUUUUAAAGAACAAAAAAGUACGAGUCAUACACAAGUGCAGACAUCCAAAUAUCGCAUCUCUUCUUUAGUUUUGGAACCUUUUAUAACUUGGUUCUUCAUAAAAAAUUAGUGCAAAUACCCAAAAGAUAAAAACUGAUUAAAAACCACUUUAUAUCCAAAUAAACAGAACAAACUUUAAUCAAAAAUUAGGUUUACACUACGUACACUAACUUCGCUAAUCCAUAUUUCAACAAGAACGUUAGGAUGUGGAAUCUUUAAAAUACCAAAGAAGUAACAAACUAGUCGGAGAAUGAUUAAUUAUGCUAAAUUGCAGUUUAUUUUACGUCAAUCUUAAGACAUUUUUUUAAGCAUUAAAUGCUGUAUUGUUUCCUCAAAAUUUGUGAUUUUGAAGGACAAGUGGGUUUGAGAAUCAUCCAAAAUAUAGCAUUGCUUCUUUAGUUUUAAAACCAAGCCGUGUGUACUAGGAAAUCAGUAUAUGCCUAGCUUAAUAUAUAGAACUACACUCUUAUACGUAAUACUUUGUUCUUGAUCAAAAUUUAGUGCAAAUAUCCAGACGAUUUAAAUAGAGUAAUAGCGAACAACAACAUUGUUAACGGCUACCUUAAAACACUUAAGUCGGUAAAAACAAAUGUAUUAAUACCUUAAACAUUUUAAAAUAGAUUUUACGAUGGCCUUUUCUUUUAUAAUCGACUGUCAGCCAACAAAAUGAUCCCCACGUCAUUAAAGCCGAAAUUUAAACCUUAUAAGCCUAUGAAUAAUUACAUAAAUCGUUCGGUCUCCAACUAAUGUAAAUGAAAAUUAAAUAAAUUACCAAUAAUAUAUAGAGUACAAAACUC